ACAAAUGAAUGGGUUAAAAAGUGUCGAAGCAAACAUAUGUUAAUUGGAAGUGUAUGUAUAGGUGGCGCAGUGAGGAGCGACAUAAUCGCUAACUAAAAAAAAACAUGGGUUUUGUUGGAGCAGCGAGUAGCACAUCUUCAUUGCUGCACUCUCCGCUUCUAUACCCAUUUCUCUUCCCUUCUUCUUCUUCUUCCUCUUCUUGUCGUCUCCAUAGAACCACCACCAAGCAGCUCCGGCCUCCCGUUGUGGUAUGUUGCUCUCGUCACCAGCAAGAUCCAAUAUGCAACAAGAGAACGUUUCUGUUAAUGGGUGUUGCUGUUCUUCCCUUUCUUAAAUUCAACACUGCCGACGCCGCUGUUGAAGGAAUUCUUUCAUCACCAAUCUUCAUCUUCAUUUCAUCCCGUGUUCGUAGACAACGUUUCCCUUCUUCUCGGGACUCUGUUCGCAGUCGACGUAUCCGCUCUAUUCGCAGACGACGUAUGCUUUCCGACAAUGUCUCAAUGCCUCUCUUUAGUCCCGAUGUCUCCCUCUCUGACGUUGUCUCGUCGUCUGUAUCUUCAUCAGCAUCCACAAAUCCAGAAGAAAGUGAGGUGAAGAUACCGGAGGAUAAAAAGCUAGGCGAGGCAGCACCUGAAAUGGAGAAACCAUCUACUUCCUUUGUGUCUCUUCUGAAUGGAAUUGGAAUCAUAUCUUCUGGUCUGUUGGGGGCUCUCUAUGCACUCGCUCAGAAAGAAAAGUUGGCUGCUGUUGCAACAAUAGAAACAAUGAGCAACAAACUGAAGGAAAAAGAAGAGCAGUUCGUUUCAUUGUGGAAGAACUACGAGUUGAAGUUAUCGAACGAGCAGGAGGAACGAGCCAAACUACUUGGAAAGGCAAAGGAAGAGCAGAAAGCUCUGAUCGAACAACUAAAUUCUGCAAAGAGUACUGUCACCAGUUUGGGAAAGGAGCUAAAAAGCGAGAAAAGUUUGAUUGCAGAGCUAAAACUUCAAAUUGACAGACUUGAAAUCGAUCUUACAAAGGCCGAUACGGAUAAGAAAGAUCUUGAAAACAAAUUGAAAGAAAAGGUAGAUUCUAUUGAAAUUUUACAAAAAAGAAUUAAUCUGCUUAGUGAAGACCUCAAGGACAAAGAACAUGUUGUUCAGAGUCUGAAUUCAUCUCUUGCAGAAAAGGAGUUGGAAUUGAGGAAUUUGAACUCUACCUAUGACCAAACCAAAGAUGAAUUAUCCAAUGCUCAUUUGCAUGUUCAAGGGUUAAAAGAUGAAAUACUGAAAAGCCAAGAGGAACUAGAAGGAAAAGAUUCCUUGGUGAUGGAACUAAAUUCAAGAGUGAGUUCCUUAAAUCUUGAGAAUAAUAACUUAAGGAGUGAAUAUGAUGUAUUGGAGAAGGAAUUCAAUGACCAAAAGUUGACGUCUGAAAAGAAGGCCGCUUUGGAUGCUAAGGUUUUGAAAGAAAAAGAAGACGAGCUUCAUCAGCUAACAGAUAAAUUUGAACUCGCCUUAAAUGAAUCAAGCGAAAACCAGGUUGUCAUCGCUGAUUUAACCAAAGAACGAGAAGGUUUAAAAGAGUUACUAGAGAAUGAAUCAAAGAAAGUGAGUAAUUUGAAGUAUGAACUCCAAGUUACUCAAGAGAAUCUUGAAAAUUCAAGAAAUGACUCUGCUGAACUGGAAAAACAGCUAAAUAAGUCAAACAAUCUGUGCAAAGAUCUUGAGCUUCAAGUCUCUAAGCUUUCAUCUGAGCUCGCCGAAGUUAAGGAGUUGCUACAGCGUAGACUUGAUGAUACAAAACUUGAGGCGGAAAAAUUAACUACGGAGCUUAUAACAGUAAAGGAACAUUUGAAGAAAGCCGAAGAAGAGCUGCAAAGUACCUCUCAUGAACUAACGACUACACUUGAAACCCGCGAUGGCCUACAAAAAGAAUUAAUUGAGAUCUACAAAAAGGCUGAAGUCACAUCAGAGGUUUUGAAGGAAGAAAAGAAGCUAGCUGCUUCUUUGAAUAACGAUUUACAGGCUUUGAAGGAGCAAGUAUUGAAGGACAAGGAGUCGCGGAGAACUAUUGAAAUGGAUCUCGAGGAGGCUACCAAAUCACUAGAUGAAAUGAAUCGAAAUUCUGUGAUCCUUUCUAGUGAACUAGAAGAGGCUAAAUCACUUAUUUCUAGCCUUGAAAAUGAGAAAGAGGUUCUUGCCAAGUACCUUACAGAACAAAGAAAUGCAAGCAAAGAGGCCCAAGAAAACAUUGAAGAUGCUCAUAACCUCAUUACUAGACUUGGCAAAGAGAGAGAGAGUUUAGAGAGCAGAGGGAAGAAAUUGGAAGAGGAAUUGGCUUCUGCCAAGGGUGAAAUAUUGCGGUUGAGAAGUCAGAUCAGUUCUUCGAAAUCAAAAGUUGUUAAAAAUGAGCAACAAGUACAGAAAAAUGAAGCUGAAACCAAUUCUUCAAAAUCAAAAGUCGUUAACAAUGAGCAGCAAGUACAAAAAAAUGAAGCUGAAACCAAUUCUUCAAAAUCAAAAGUUGUUAACAAUGAGCAGCAAGUACAGAAAAAUGAAGCCGAAACCAAAGAAGUUGUCGUAAGUGCACGGAAGAACGUUCGAAGAAGAAAGACUAAUCCUUCAUAACAGAGAAAAAAUCGAGUUUUGUAUUCGAAAAUAAAAUUGGAAGUUGAUAUUGUUACACUUUAUUCACUUUGGAUAAGUUUUCAUGUUGCAAUAGUAUUGUACAAAUGAAAUAACACAGUAGGAAGUGCUGAGCUAUACUUUUAGGACUGUUGAUUUGUAAUAAUUUUCAUAAUGGCCUGAGGAAAAAAAGAAUGAGAAUGCUUGGUUGUUUUUUGACAGUGAAUACUGUUUGA